AUGGCAGAGCCUACGGAAAGAGAAAAGAUGCUUCGUGGAGAGCUCUACCGAGCAUUUACACCGGAGUUGAUAGCUGCACGUGUCCAAUGCGAACAAGCCUACAAACGCUUCAACAGUGAAAGUUUGAAUGGUGAAAUCUCGCGCCGGCGACAGAUCGAAUUAUGGCGAGCCCUUGUCCAAGACACACGACCAUUACCUCCACCAGCCGAAAAUCAAGAAGCAGAUGAUGCUCUCUUGCGAAACGAACCGUGGGUUCAGGCCCCAAUCUCAAUGGACUACGGGUUCAACGUCAAGGUCGGUGAAGGCGUGUUCAUCAAUGUCAACUGCGUCAUUAUCGAUACCUGCCUCGUCACAGUAGGAGCUCGUACUCUUUUCGGGCCGAAUGUCCAUCUUUAUAGUGGUACUCAUCCUCUGGACCCCGCCGUUCGCAACGGCACGCUAGGACCCGAGAUGGGGAAAGAGAUUCAUAUCGGCGAAGAUUGUUGGCUUGGAGGGAAUGUCAUUGUCCUUCCUGGUGUGACGAUUGGUAGGGGCUGUACCAUCGGAGCUGGCAGUGUGGUGACUAAGGAUGUCCCCGCGUUUCAUGUUGCUGCAGGUAACCCAGCUCGCAUCAUCCGGAAGAUUGAGACCAGCAUGUCGGAGGAGAGCUGA